ACUAUGUGUUGUUUGGUAGGUAAUGAUAAAUGAUACUGGAAUCUACACACUGACUGUAAAAUCAACAGUGUUUCCAGCUGUUGUUUUUGUAUUUGGCAUCACUGUGAUGGACAACACAAUGAGUGACCUCAACAGCAAGGAGAGUAACUCAGAUGCUGUGAUAGUUGGAAGUUGCUUGGCUGUUGUUAUUCUUAUUAUCACAACAAUUACUCUACUUUUAUAUUUAAAGCUGAAAAAUACCACGGAAAAUGCAGGAAGAAUCAAGAAUGUGACCUCGGUCAAUUACAAGAAUGAUAAGAUUACAACUACCCAACCCAAGAAUGAGAACAACACACCACAAUAUUUAAACCCUGCAAACAAACAACAAGCAGGAGACAAUGAAGUUGGUUAUAUUGAUCUGAAUGCAGGAGAACCAAUACCUAAUGAUGAUGCCAUAGUUCGGAAUUAUGAGGUGGUAAAGACAGAUUAUGAAGAAAUAAUGCAAAGUAACAAGAAACCAAAGAAUGAAAUGAACGAAUAUGACCUUUAAUAUGUAACACAAUUAUGUUAAUGAUAUAAACAUUAUCUGGUGAUUGUACUAAUGGUUGUUGUGUAUUUUUGUGAGAUAAAACAGAAUAAAAUAUCAAAAUGACACAGAAUUGUAAAAUUUAUGAUAAAUUGUACAUUAGUUAAACGUUGUCAACCAAAAUAUACAAUACAUACAUAUAGCAACGAAUGCUAUAAUAUGCAGUGACAGCAUUCAGGAUGAAAAAAUUUAAAUAAUGAAUCUACAUUACUCCAUUAGAAUACUUCAGUGUCUGUCAACUAAAAUAGUAAAGCAUAAAGCAGGUGUUUCUACUGGUGUAAGUUUGUUUAUAACACAAUAUGAUUCAUCAAUUUAUAAAUAAACAGCUUAGUAAGAUAUGCUUAGUUUCACCCACACAUUUAAUACAAGGAAGCAGAAGCUUCAAGACAUUGUAAGGUGAGAAUAGAUUGUCGAGCAGAA